CAUUAUUCAGCCCACAAACGAAUCCAUUCCAUUUCCAAUCGCUCUCUCUCUAUCUUUCUCCGCAAGCUCUGUGUUCUGGAGUGCUCAGUGAGAGAGCACUGAAUCAGAGACGUAGUAUAUAAUAAACCAAAUAAAUAAAUAAAUAAAUAAAAAUAAAAAAUGCUGGCCAUGAAUCUCAUCCGCUGCUGCUUAUCUCUUGCUCGGAGAUCUCCUUCCCAUUUCCUGAAUCUCUCCACCACGCAAACCCUAGUCUCUCCAUCAUCAUCUCGCUUUAAGUUGAUCACCUUCCAAACAAUGGUCUCGCGCGCUUACACGACGCCGUCUCAUCCUUCCGGGAAGCUACUCUUCCGUCAGCUCUUCGAGAAGGAUUCCUCCACCUAUACUUACUUGCUCGCCGAUGUCUCUCAUCCCGAUAAACCUGCUCUGUUGAUUGACCCAGUUGACAAGACAGCGGAGAGAGACCUUUCCCUUGUUAAAGAGUUGGGACUCAAGUUAAUUUAUGCUAUGAACACGCAUGUCCAUGCUGACCAUAUAACUGGCACUGGCCUCAUAAAGACCAAGGUUCCAGCUGUGAAAUCUGUCAUUUCUGAAGCAAGCAAAUCAAAAGCGGACCUCCUGAUUCAAGCUGGUGAUAAGAUAUAUUUCGGUGACCUGUUUUUGGAGGUUCGAUCUACUCCAGGCCAUACUUUAGGCUGUGUUACAUAUGUUACAGGGGAUGGCCCUGAUCAGCCCCAACCAAGGAUGGCCUUUACUGGGGAUGCCUUACUAAUACGUGGUUGUGGAAGAACUGAUUUUCAGGGUGGGAGUUCACAUGAACUGUACAAGUCAGUGCAUUCGCAGAUCUUUACAUUGCCCAAGGAUACACUAAUCUACCCUGCUCAUGAUUACAAGGGAUUCACCGUUAGCACUGUGGGCGAGGAGAUGCUCUAUAAUCCUCGGCUCACAAGAGAUGAGGAAACAUUUAGAAAUAUCAUGGAAAAUCUGAACCUUCCUUAUCCAAAGAUGAUUGAUCUAGCUGUCCCUGCCAAUAUGGUCUGUGGGUUGCAGGAUUUAUCAGCAAAGCCUGUUGAGGCUAUCUCAAAUUGAGCAUGCUCAGGUGGCAACAUGGAUUUGCACACCUUGGAAUCGUAGUGAGCAAUGCUCAUUCAUAACAGCAUUUUCUUGUGUAGCAGAAGAAGAAAAGAGCACAAUGUACAACAGGAACCACUUCUCACCCAACUUUCUCUAAGCCUGGUUGGUGCUCACAUAUGACCGGCCGCAACUACUUAGAACUUUUCUUUUAUAAAAUAAAGGACAAAAAGCUAGUUGGAAAAAUAUAACUGGAACUUCUUGCGAGAACUUUCAAUAAGUAUUCCGAAACCCUUCCACGACCAGAAAUACUUUUAAUAAUAAUGUAAUUAUUGGUAAAUUAGGACACACCAAAAUAGUUAGUUCUAUUCUAUACCUUGGAUUGGUAAAUAAUGAGUUAAGAGGUAAUAUGAGAUAGAGAACCAAGCAAGCUUGUUUAUAAGUCUUCACUAGAACUAAAAGGAAAUAUGUGUGAAAAAAUUCCAAAAGGGGAACAGAAUAAACAAAAAGAAAUUUUGUGAUUAA